AGCAAAUCUAGCGAAGGUGAUGAAGAGGUCUUCCGUAUUCCUUCCCGUGCCGCCCAACUUGCUGUACCUCCGCGUUGCCGUAGAGGGAGAUUAUACAGGCACAAUCUCCAGAGCAGUCAAAGCGGUCUGCAACUCCAGAAGCCCGACGAGGCCUCCAAGGUGAUGACGGCGGGGCGGGGUAAACCGCCCAGUGCGGUGUCACACACGCAUCAAAGGGGCAUCUCCCUCUCGCGCGCAGAACGGGCAUAUGCGCUGGUCCGAUGGCAAUGGUAAGAUGAGGGCGUAUAUAUACGAUGCUCGAAGGGCUGGGUGGUCUUCCAUUUUGCUGCGACGACGUCUCUUUUGCUGCUGAUCCCACGCCUCUCAGCCACACGUCCCGCCAACCUCCUCGCCCGCCCUGUUGUCCUCGAUCUUCGCGCGUGCCGCUCGCGUCCCUCGCCGUCCCCCCUUCUCCCCCGCUCGCACUCUUCAUCGUAGCGCAAAGAUGCCGAACUGGGAUAUUUUGAGCGACCAGAUGGAGGUCUUCCACAACGAGCACAAGCGCCACUUCGAACAGCUAUACAGGCUCGCAGACGGCUCCUUCGUGGCCAUGGGCUGGUCAUUGCCAUUAUACUUGCGCAGCGCCGCCCAGUUCUCCAUGCAACUACAAAACCAUCACGACAUCGAGGAGGCGUGGUGGUUCCCCUACCUUGGCAAACGCAUGCCGGAGUUCUCGCACAACGACCGCGGCGAGCACGUCCGUUCGCAUGAACUGAUCCACAAAGGUCUGGACGACCUGAACAAGCUUGUGGCGAAGUGGGCGCGCGACAACUCAUCGUACAAUGGGGCGGAGAUGCGCGCAUGUCUAGACAGUUUCCGCGAAGGGUUGAUGAAGCAUCUCGAUGACGAGGUGCGCGACUUGAAGGGAGAGAACUUGAAGAAGUACUGGAGGUUCGAAGAGUUGCGGCCGCUCAUGUUCCAUUAGACUCCAUAUAGCUUACACACUGGGACUGCGCUGGAUCGUCGUCUCCUUUAUUAUGAUCUUCGGUUGGAUGCUCGUGCAUGGGAUGGAUUUGCCCGUCG